UUCCGAUCGUUCGACCAUCCCGACCGGUGUCGCACGCCGCGCCGCACGUCGCACGUACGCUAAAUACAUACACGCGUGCACACGUACAUACAUACGUGCCAACACGCGCGCGCGUCGCGACGGAGCGGGGUCUAAAUUCACGUGUCUCGCCCACCGGCCUCCGGCUACGGCAAGUGCAAGGAGUCGUUCGUCCGCGACUCGGCGCGACUUCGGGAAAGGUGGUGAGAAUCCAGGUAAAUGGCGUGUCGCGCGGCGUGCAUCCUUCCGGCGAGCGUCCUUCCGGUCCACGGUAAGAGCCAGCGGCUGAUUAUCGCGCACUGCAGCAGCUGAGGCUGAGGGAAAACACGGCGAGCGUCGAGCGGCCACCAUUAUCACCAUAUUGCGUGAGGAGGACGACCGGCCCGGCCGAGGAUGUUCGUCUGCGGUAGAAUCGUCGGCCAACUGCCCGCCAGGCUCACGCACGCGAAUCGUCUCUAUCGACCUGUAAAAUACGUCGGAAUUGUAAAUAUUAGUAACUUACGCCACAGUAGUGAUGCAAGCAAUAAGAAGCCACCAGGCACCACUAUCAGGCCAGAGGAAUGUGUGCCUGACUCCAGAUAUUUCAAAUCGCAAAAAACAGUUCCUCCCUGUGAAGUGGAAGCGUCUUGUCCAGCUGCUCAAGAAUGCAAGCUGAAUGGCAGGCAGGAGCAACCGAGUGAGAAAGGCUCGGAUCCUGAAAAAAAUGGAAAAUAUCAGUUUCGCUACUGGCACCUACUUGCUGCCUUGAUUGUAACGGGAGUCGCAUACAAGGUGUCCUCAUCGUUUUUGUCGAAAGAUGACAAAACAGAUAAGCAGAAAGGCAAACAAAAGAAAGAAGGGAGAAAUAGAUCUAGAAACAAAGUAAAAGUUCCAGCAGAAUCAAAAUUAAUACCUCAGGAGGUACCUUAUCUGUUGAUAGGUGGCGGAACAGCUGCAUUUUCAGCAUUUAGGUCAAUUAAAUCUAGAGAUCCCAAAGCUAAGGUUUUAGUCGUAGCACAAGAGGAGGAGUUUCCAUAUAUGAGACCACCAUUGUCCAAAGAACUUUGGUAUAACAUGGAUAGAGAAACAACCGCACAAUUACGUUUUAAUCAGUGGAAUGGAACUCAGAGGAGUAUAUUUUACGAGCCGCGAGAGUUUUACUCGAGUGUUACUAAUCUCGGUGAGUCUGAUAAGGGUGGAGUUGCUGUAGCCAUGGGUUGGAAAGUAACGAAAAUCGAUGUUGUAAAUAAAACUGUGACUCUCGAAGAUGGUUAUGAAAUAAAAUACAACAAAUGCCUCAUUGCGACCGGCGCAUCACCUAAAAAUCUGCCGAUAUUCGAAUCCGUUGAGGAUGAUAUAAAAGACAAGAUUACAAUGUUCAGAACAAAGGAUGAUUUUCUUGAUGUGGAAGAAAAUGUUUCUAAUUCUAAAUGUAAGAAUGUUGUAAUUAUCGGUGGUGGAUUUCUCGGCUCGGAACUUGCCUGCGCACUCGCUAGGAGUUAUAAAUCUAAAAAUAUUUUCCAAAUUUAUAAAGAAAAGUUUAUAAUGGCACAAGUAUUACCAGAAUACCUGAGUGAAUGGACUACGAAAAAGUCCGAAGUGGAAGGUGUUCACACUAUGCCUAGCACAGAAGUUCAAGACUAUAAAUAUAAAAAUGGUCGAUUAUCCCUUGUCCUCACUGGUGGUCAGACUAUUGAUGCUGAUCAAGUGAUAGUAGCGGUAGGUGUUCAACCAAAUACAGAUUUAGCAACAACUUCUAAUUUAGAGACAGAGCCUAAGAUAGGAGGAUUCCUUGUUAACGCUGAACUGGAAGCGAGAAGCAAUCUUUGGGUUGCCGGUGACGCCGCAUGUUUCUAUGAUGUCAAACUUGGUAGAAGAAGAGUCGAACAUCAUGAUCAUGCGGUUACCUCCGGAAGACUAGCGGGCGAAAAUAUGACUGGCGCAGGUAAACCUUAUCUGCAUCAAUCGAUGUUUUGGUCAGACUUGGGACCUGAUGUAGGAUAUGAAGCGAUAGGUAUUAUAGACUCAUCCUUGCCAACUGUUGGAGUUUUUGCGAAAGCGACGGAAGCAAACAUGAUGGCAGCUAAUAAUCCUAGCGAUGAACAAAAGACACAUUCUGAAAACUCGCUAUCUAAUGAAACAUCGGAGUCAUCGAUGUCACAAAUUGUGAAAAAUGUUGAUAGCACAGAAGAAGAAAAGAAAAAUAUAUCUGGAGAUAAUAAUGUAAAGUUAGAACAACCUACAAAGUACGACGAUUUUGGGAAGGGUGUUGUUUUCUACCUGCGAGAUGAUGUUGUAGUAGGAAUAAUGCUGUGGAAUAUCUUCAAUCGAAUGUCGAUUGCCAGACGGGUUCUUGCAGGAAAUACGAAGUAUGACGAUUUAAAUGAAGUAGCGAAACUAUUUACAAUCCACGAAGAUUGAUUAUUUGGUUAACAAAUAAGAGAGAGUGAAUGACAAUAUUAAGAGAUUAUUGUAUCGUAUAUGUAAAAAGCUGUCUGACUUCUGUGUCCGAGGUAUUAUCAUUGGAAAACUUGCAACCGAAAACUCGCAUAUCGUUGAAUUGCAGGUAAAUGCGAAUUACAUGAAUACCAGUCAAUGUUAUGUUGUAUACAUGAAGAUUUUUAAAUACAAUCUGUACACAAUUCUCAUACA